AAUCAUGUCGGUAUUGUGUGAGUACGCUCUUGCCCCCUUGUUUGAAAUUUGGCUCGCCAACAUGGCGGACGAGCUGGAUGUCGUUGAUAUCGAAGGAGACGAAUGUGAUCCUGAUUUAGGGGACUUCGGUGACAGAGCAGCGCUACUCCAGAACCAGUACAUGCAGUCAGCAUGGAAGACCAAUACUGGUGUCCUACCGUGGGAGCUGGACCGCUCCAUCAGUGCAGAGAACAGAGAAGUGAUCGAGAACAUGUUGAUGGAGGAGCAGUAUUAUCUGACAGGUAAAGAGAUGCCUGAGAGUGUGUGGGCCAACGCUCCACCUAACCCGAAACCCAAAUUGAAGAGGUCUCCAGCCAAGUCCUCAGCUUCAGGCUCCUCGACAGCCACUCGCUGGUCUCAGCAGGAGAAGGUGCUGUUUGAGACAGGACUGGCUCAGUUUGGCCGUAGAUGGACUAAGAUCUCCAAGCUGGUAGGCAGCCGGACCGUUUUCCAGGUUAAGAGCUACGCCAGACAGUACUUCAAACACAAGGCUAAAUCAGAGGGCAAUACUACUGCUGUGGCGCCUCCUACAGCUCCGGUGGUGUUAGGCCAUGUCCCAGAGACAAGCUCAGCAUUCUCCUCCUCUGGCCUGUCUGUCCCCAGCCAUCUGUCAGCUCUGACCAACGUUGUCCGGAUAGAGAGACUGGGUGACGAAGAGGAGGAAGAGGUGGACAUCACUGAUGACCUCAGCGAUGAGGGAGGGAGUGGAGGAGGGGUUGGAGUGAUAGGAGAAAACAGAAGGAUUGAGGGGAAGGGAGAGGAACUUCGGGCAGGAGUUCAUACUGAGACAUGUGAGCCUGGAGCCCCAGAGGAGCUGGACAACCAGGGAGAGACCCACCAGGACCUAUCCAACCAGACACUCCCCAGCCUGGGAGAGACUGAUCAGGAGCAGCCUAACUGUAGCCCUCCAUCCUCCCUCACAACCCCCUCCCCCUGCCUAGCAGUGCAGGCCCCCAGUGGACAGUGUGAGGGGGGCACUGCUGAGCCCCAGAGGGACCCAGUAGAGUCUGGAGAGGAUACAGGGGGGUCUAGGUGGACAGAGGCAGGGGAGGGUGAGGAGUCUGAAGAGGAAGAGGAGGAGCUUAAAUACCCCGAGCAGGAAGUGGAGCUGGACCCGGCAACCAUCACAGAGGAGGAGAAACAAGCUAUCCCAGAAUUCUUUGAGGGACGACCAUCCAAAACCCCAGGAAGAUAUCUGAGGAUCAGGAACUACAUCCUGGAUCAAUGGUUGAAGAGCAAGCCCAAGUACUUGAACAAGACGUCCGUGCGUCCUGGCCUGAAGAACUGUGGAGAUGUCAACUGUAUUGGCAGAAUACACACCUACCUGGAGUUGAUAGGAGCCAUCAACUUCAACUGUGACCAGGCGGUGUAUAACCGUCCCAGGAUGGUGGAUCGGUCCAAACCCAGAGACAGCAGAGACACUCUGGAAUACCAACUGGCACAGAGACUACAGAGCAUGCGAACCAGGAAGCGUCGUGUGAGGGACGUGUGGGGGAACUGGCGUGACGCUAAAGACCUGGAGGGACAGACAUACGAGCACCUGAGUGCAGAGGAGCUAGCCCUGAGGAGAGAGGAGAUGAGACGGCAAUCUAAACCCUGUAAAGUCUCCAGGCACAGAAGGUUGUUGGAUCCGUUCCAGUUGAUUCCGUGCUGUGUGUUUGGAGAGGACAGACCAGAGCCCUUCCAGGUGAUAGUGUGUGCUGAGGCUCUCCUCAUCAUGGACAUGCAUGCUCAUGUGUCGAUGGGAGAGGUUAUCGGCCUACUGGGAGGAGCUUACAGCGAGGAGGACAAAGUCCUGAAGAUCUUUGCAGCAGAGCCUUGUAACAGUGUGAGUACAGGUCUGCAGUGUGAGAUGGACCCGUUGUCUCAGACUCAGGCCUGUGAGAUGCUGUCUAGCCUGGGCUCGGCUGUAGUGGGAUGGUACCACUCUCACCCCACCUUCCACCCUAACCCUUCUCUACGGGAUAUACACACACAGGACCAGUUCCAGAGUUAUUUCUCUCGAGGCGGAGCCCCCUUUAUUGGGAUGAUCGUGAGUCCGUUUGACCCUGCUAACCCCUCCCCACGUUCCCAGACCACCUGCCUGAUGGUCAGAGAGGACCAAGGACCUACAGGACCACAGAAGCUGCCCUACAGGUUUGACUACCAGUGUUCCCAGCAGCAGCCUGACUGGGGCCAGCUGAUGAGGAGGGCAGAGUGGAUCAUCUGCAAAUAUAAGCAUGCCCACGGCAGUGUCCAGAUGGACAGGCUGUUCCGCAGGGACUCUCAUCUGACCUGUCUAGAGAAGAUGAUGGCAUCUUUAGGGAGAUAUCUGGAGCCUCUGCCAGAGGAGGGAAGUCCCUUCCUUUCCCAGAUCCAUGCUCUCUUCCAGUCUCACUUUGUUUCCCAGCAACCCAGAGACCAGGAUGAGAGCGGAACCUCUGGCUCCCCAGAGCCAAUCAACGCCCAUGCCUUCCCCUUCGCUCAGCCAAUCAACGUCAGCUUAACAGGAGACACAGGAACACAGGAAAACUGGGAGAAUGAAUCUGUCUCUCCAACUGAUAAUUUAGAAACGCCUAAUAUCAAAACUAUUAACGCACACCAAGCUAAAGAAGAGAUCUCACAUCCAAUACGGUUUGGUUCUGUGUUGUUGACUGGUCAUGAUUAUCUAUUCUGAAUCUAAUAGGUUUCUUUAUGCAUCCAGUUCUUAGUGUUUUAUGUUUAUUAGUAGGCGUACUUGAUUUAGCUCGACUGCAGCUCUCGAGAACACAAAGGGGCUUACAUCCAGUCCCCAUCUUGGGUUCUCAGCUGAUGGUAUGGAGUACAGCUGGCUCCAUGUGAACUACAUUCCCGACUAUCUGUUUUAACAUUUAGAAAUGUUAAUAUUCCUUGCAAUACGGUUUUGGAAGCAUUUGGAACUCAACUUUCAGUAACAGCGAGACAGAAUCCAUAAAAUAUGAAAGAUACGAUUACAGAACGCAGUUUAGCAACGUUUCACUGACUGAAGCACAGCCUCCAAGUUCUGUCUCGUUCAUAUGAAAGUUAAGUUCUAAAUAUUUGCUCAACAUUAUUCCGUGCGAGGCGUAUUUGCGUUUAGGCAGCAUUUAGACAGCGUUGGGGAAUUUGCCUCACAAGGCUGAACGGGACAUCCAAUGGCUCAAUGUAAUAAAAUGGAAUUGGAGUCAUGAAUAAUGGUAAUCUGGGGGCGGCAGGGUAGCCUAGUGGUUAGUGUUGGACUAGUAACCGAAGGUUGCAAGUUCAAAUCCCCGAGCUGACAAGGUACAAAUCUGUCGU